AUGGAUCUGCCUUCUCUUUUGGUAGACACGUAUAAACGCUAUAAAAGCGGUACACAGAUUGUAGCUACUUGGCUCGCGACAUCGGCCGCCCGGAUCCAGUCCAUCGACCACUUAUUGAUCAAGGACGGACGUCUCAAAGGACAAGCUCGCGCUGCAGCCCGGCAGAAUGGAGUGAGCGAAGUGCCUUUACACGCGUUCAAGACCUUGGUCGAUAUCCUUGCAAACGCUAAGAUCACUUUGCCGACCGAUAUCGAAGCUAUCUUGUGGAGUGUCAUCACCGCUCGCAAAGAAUGUGCAGGCUUCUACCGAGCGAAACCAGAGCGAGAAGCUGGUGAUGACAUCGAUGAUGAAGGCCAUCAGUUCUUCAUCGACAUCCUCGACUACUAUUACCACACGCUUAAAGCGCCGACAGCAGGUAAGACCAAGGAAGAGCGCGAGAAAGGAUCAUCUACGGAUAGUCGCACAUCUAACCUCUUCCAACACCUGAGUCUGGUUCAAGAGCAUGCUGAGCCAUCGGGCUACGUGCCUUCAGUGUCGACAGACACGCAGAUCCGAAGCUACCGCAUCAAGGAGUCCGCCAACCGAAAGAGUGAAAAGGCCUUUGCGCUGUUCUGUUUCCUUAAAGACAUGACAGCAAUUCGUUUAUUCGUCCACAAAACCUGGCGCGGAUACAAGGAACGUAGCCUCGCGCUUACCACAGCAGCGACGACCGCCAAUGUCGCAGUUGAGAUCUUGCGACGGGUGAACGAGGCCUUCCUCAAAGACUUUCCAGAAUUCGAAAGCCACCACAAAGUGAUCAAGUUCCUUGAGAGCUUCGAAGAACAAGGUAACAGCGGCAUCACCCGGAAAGACGAGAUGGGCUGGUACGAUCUCGAUCACUUCAAACUGUCCCCGCAAACCUUCGUCUGCAAAGAUACUUAUAACGUAUAUUUCCGAGACCAUCUCUUCGAUCACGACGGCAAGAAGGAAGUGAUGGAGCAAAAAGCAAGCACUUGGAUCAUAUUCGCACUCCAGAUGUUCGUCGACAUGCACCGUGAGCUUGGUGCGGAAGUACCUCGUGCGCAUAGGGAUCUCCUGGAUGGUAACGCAAGAAUGAGUGGCGCAUUGAGACGGUACAUCGACUUUGCAGAAAACCACGACGGCGAAUGGGGCCGAUAUUUGUACACACAACUAGCCUCCUCAUGGCAUCGCCUUCUUGAGACUCUUGAAAGGGUUGACCAUGUCAGCGACACGUUCAAGAUGCACAAUUCGUGGCUCGGGGGAGGAACCUUGGUGGACGGCCCGUUCUACCUCGAGAACCAACCAACCUAUGCUGGAUGCACACUAGAGCGUCAUAAGGAAGGUGUGCACCUGUUCGGUGUUGAGGCUGCAAGACAUUCCGAGCAACUCCUGUUCGCCUGCCACAUCUACAAUGCCGGACUCAAGAACGGGCUGCUGCGACGGUGGCCUGACAUGGAAUAUCUUAUCGCCAAGCAAACCGAGACGCACAUCUUUCUAGGAACCCGUCCGGUCGGAUACGAAGAGUGCGAUAAGCGGCUACUUCUGAUGCGAGGAUUCAGUCCCAGUGUGCUUGCUAAGCAUAAGCGCGCCGGCAGACCAAUGUAUGAACUGUACGAGACGAUGGAUACAAAGAAGAGCUUCGGCGGUCGCAAACUGGAAAUCUUCUCCGCUUUCGUUAGACAGGCUUCCGCUUUUGACGGCCUAAAGCGGGUGAUGCUGAAGAUGGACGAGAAUGGCAAGAAUAAGAACGAGCCGAUCUGGCUUCUAGAGCGCGUAGUCCGACAUCGACUGGAAACUGUGUCGAAGACGUCGAAGCAUGGCAAGCGUCGUGAACAGGAGCUCAGUCCUCUCCAGACGCUAGAGACUUACCGAGACGCAAUGAAGGAGGAUGAAUUCCUUCUAAAUUUCGACAUCAUGACGCUAGAUCUCAUCGCCAACAAAAUGAUCCAUGUGAUCAAAGCCUGGUUGCGAGACUUUGGAGACUUGAAAGCUAGCUCGGUUCCUGGAUCCAAAGUCAGUCUGAAAUGUAUCCGAGACAUCGCAAUGGCAUCUGCGAUCUUGUCCUCUGCAAACAAGAAGCCGGAGAUAUGGGACGUCCUCGAUCACAUCAUCAGUCGCGUCGGCAACAUGUGUUACUUGCGCGCAGAGGCCCAUCGCGGUACCGUAAACCUUCAACCCCGCAACCCGGCCUAUGAAGGCCAGUUUCUUCCUACUGCUGCUGUCUUUGGUGGUCCGAACUCGCCCGAGGUCCCUGAAGACUGGCAGAACAAGUGGGAUAUCGUCGCUGGUAAAGGGGCGUAUGACUAUCAUGUCUCUACUACGGCGCUUUUGACAUUGGAGCAGAGAGCCGCCGACGAGGCGCGUGAGGAGUUCUUGGAGAAGCUCAUUCCUAUCAACUACCCAGACUACAGCCAGGAACAAAUCUGUCGAGGUCUCGGAAUGGAGUACAAGGAUGUCAAGCGAUCGUUUCUCGUGCAUUAA